AGCAAUUUAGCGUACUAUUGUAAUAACGUAGCGAAUUAUCGAGGAGCUCGAGGCAACAUUGACGUCGCCUCGAAUUCUUAUCGAUUAGCUAUUUAUUUAUUAUAUUUAUUUAUUUGAUCAGGGUCGGAUAAUCGGCUCUUGUCAAAGAAUUUCUUGUACAGUGCGUCAAUAAAACGCUACGCGAAUACUAAUUAGUUCUCCUUAAACGGUAAAUAGUUACGCAAACGAACGCGUUUUGAAUGUUUCGUCACGUGGAACCAGUGAAUCGUGUUAUCCCGGUUUCGGUGAAAUUUUGUUUUCGAAAGAAGUCGAAAGGAAUACGGAAAGGGUUGAUGUGGUAAGCCGGAAGAAAGACACGCAGAGUGUAAAUGUGUAAAUGUGGGUGUGUAUGGGUCACGGGAGAAAACGAAAGGAGCAAGGCUAUGACGCACGUUCGAUCGUAGAAUUACGAAGGAAAGUCCAAUGACUCUGUCGGAUUCGUUGCGCUUGCUCGUCUCUCUUUGUUGAAAACUGCCCGAUUCCGGUCCUAUAUCCGGCCGGACUGCUUUCACUUUCGAUUUUUUUCAACAUCUCUUUUUUUCUUCUCCCGUAACAACCCACGAUCUUACCCUCUCCCUGUCUCUUCGGAGGAACGUUGGUAGUUCAUAUAAAUGUGGUCAAACGCGAGCGGAUGCGUCGCAUUUCUUCAAGUUCAUGCAUCAAGGUGUUAUUGAAUCGGGAUCGUGGACAGAACCGUUCUUUCAUCGCGUUUCCAUUGAAAAGGUGAGAAUCGUUUGUGCGCAACAUUUUCCCCGGAUUAUCGCGAUGAUACUGUUAACGAUGGUGUUUUGAUAGAUUCGAUUAAAAACUGAAAUUCCUGGAUCGAUCACUUUUCGUAAUCGUGCAAUAAUUGUGACGUGCUUCUGAUAUAUGAAAAAGAAAUUGAGAUAUGUGAGAUUAUGGCUACCAUAGAUUGUACGCGAUGUUUAUAUCUUAUCCAGUAUGGCACCUCGCUAUAAUUGCAAUUUCCUGAUUCCUAGCAGAAAAAAUUCUAAAUCCUUUAAAAUACUCUAAAAUUCGAACCUUUCGACUUAAACCUCCAAUGGCAACACCAGGUCAAUCGUGAUUCAGACAUUACGAAACCACGCAACGGUGCUUCGACUAAAAUUAGACAUUCAAAUUCUUCGACGAAAGGCUUUCGAGCAUUUGAAAAAUAUCACUUAUAACGACACUCAAAAUAGUAUAAAAUUAAAUUUAAAUCAUCGCCAUUUUAGCGAUCCAUUGUGUAAGGAUUAAAAAAGAGAACUUUGCAACGGUACCACACGAAAAUUGGAAAUUCGGUAAUGAUCGAUGGUUGAUUAAUAGUGUACGUGAUCGGUGUAAUGAAUACCGCGGACACGCGACCGGAAUAGAAGGUUACGGACCCGGUUCCUUUGAAUAUCGUGCUCCGAUUGGUCCGUCUAACUAACGGAACAUCGGAAUCCACGGCGCGGUUACGAUCGAAGCUGUUCUCCAGCAGACACUCGAGUGCGGUUCGUGAAUCACGAUCAACGUCAUUUUUUCUUUUCCAUUCCCAAAUCGUUGCGCCAUGUCGUUCUGGAAACCAGUUACUUGACAAAGUUUGGUGCAACGUUCAGGUGAGCAGCAUGCGACUAGUGCAGUUGUUGGUAAACCAUGGUCUGGUGCUCUGGAUACUGUUGGUACCCUGUCUGUCGGUCACCUUCGAAGACGGAACUUCCGGUGACGGGGCUGAAGGACGCGAAAAUCAUGCGCCGGAGGUACAGGAACAAUUACAGCAGCAAAUACCUUAUAAUAAGACCCGACAAGGGAAGGGUCUGUUCGACUGGAUUGGUCUAGGAACAGGACGAAACGUAGAUCCGUACAUAGCGAAAACGAACAAGGGUUGUUUGAAUGGCGAUUUGGCGGAAUGCUUCAAAUCCCAGGCCCUCAGUUACUUUUCCGAUUUCUUUGAUCAGCCACAGUAUAAUUUGAACGAUUAUGUGAAGGUUGUAAGGUUGUCCAGGGACGUAGUGAAAGAAGUCAGUCGUCAGCCGUACGAAUACUCUGGAGAAGCGAGGUCCAGCGACUCUGAAUGGGACCAGCUGAUGAAAUUCGCGUUAAGAAAAGCGGAAAAAUUCGUGAAAACCGUGGCCAUCGAGUUGCAGAUUCCAUCCGAAGAGACUGGAGACAACCAGGUGUAUGCUCCUCGAUUUUUAGACGAGAUCGCGGAUGAGAUCGACACGCUUGAAAAUAAGAAGGAUACUCUCUUCUCUCGACAUCAACUGAAGAGGCUGCUUAUUCCAAUGCUGAUCGUGUUGAAGCUCUUUAAAUUGAAACUGCUCUUGUUCCUCCCUUUGAUCCUGGGAUUGGCGUCCUUUAAGAAGUUCCUUGGCUUCCUGGCGAUCGUGAUACCCGGUGUGAUCGGUUUCUUAAAAUUGUACAAACCUCUCACGCAAAAUUAUCAUCCUCCGGUUUAUAGCCAGAGCGGAAUCGCUUAUCCUUAUUACAAGGAUAAUUCGAAUCCUUACGAGCAGGGUGCUCAUCAUGGUUCGGAGUACCAUGGUGGUUUUCACGGUGAUACCGUGUCCUUUGGACAGGACCUUGCUUAUCGAGGCUAUCAAGAGUAUCAAUCGUAGACGAACGCUCUCUUCGUUGCUCAGGUUUUGUAAAGAACCUGAUAGUUUUAUAUUUUUUAAAUAGAUUUAUUUAAGCCUUUGAGAACGAGGAUGACUGAAAUAAUUAUCCCCAGUUUUAUAAUAUUUAUGAUAUUUAAGUCAUUCUUGUUCUUGAAGAUAUAUUUCUAGACUUUCAUGACAUAAGCUCUCUUCUAAUAGCAAUAGGCGUUGUUGAAUUAACGUUUCGGGAAUUGGAGAUUCUUGGCCAAAUUACGUUGCCAUUUUUCAAUAGACCGUCAUAGAUCAUUUACAAUUAGUUAAAAAGACGCUGACGUUUCUCAUAUAUUUUCGUUAGUGAUGUAUAUAGGUAUAUUUUUCUAUCAUACGUUUUGAAUUAUUUAUUGUGACAGUGUUUAAGGAAUAUUGUCAGCUUAGCCUUAAGUUAGCAAUUAGUAACAAUAAACUACUGUUCCUACGAAAA